AUGACCACUCCAGCUCCUGCCGCCGCAACAAGCAUAUCGACCAGCUCACCCGCGGAGGAGGUGGACACGACAUCAUCUCCUAGCAUCACGGUGGACGGGACGAUGGCUCCUACCAUGUCGAGGUACCUCAGCACAGUCGACGUCUACGUGGAGUUCUGGGAGUGCUCGUCGGAGUUCAGGAGCUGCUCGAUGGACGACGAUCUAGCUGCAUCAUGCGGAGACGAUGACGAUGGCCUAGACGAUGGCGCCUUCGGCGACGAGGACCUCAGCGGGACUGUUGCGACAGGGUACUCGAGAGCCGUGCUCGCCCUCGUGCUGCCUGUCUCUUUCUUUGUGGCUUUGCCGCAAUAUACGGAGGAAUUCUUGCCUCCCGUCGCCAUCCAGGUCCACCGCUUGCACGCACUUACGUGA